GUACCUGUCUCCAUCAUCGGAAUGUUCGAGAAUCGUUACUUUCAAAUCUUCGCACAACAAAGCCAAUGGCGGUACUUCCGAUAUCCAUUUCUCAUUUUCAACUACCUAUGGGCAAUUCUCUAUUGUGUUCCUGUUAUCAAAGAUAUUCCAAAUCAAAAAUAUGCUCGAAUUGAAGUAUUCCAUAAAUAUCCUCAAAUCUUUGACUACGAGUCUGUCGAAUCAAAAAUCUUUGUGAUCACCUUGGGCUUUACUAGAAUUGCAGUACAACAAGUUAUUUUCACAGUUUUGGUUCUUGUAGAGGCUUGUGUUUUUGUGGGGCUUAUUCGGGUUAAUAUGAAUAAGGCUAUGAAAGAAGUUCAUUUGUCACUAUCGAAGCAUACCAUUCACAUGCAUAAAGCUUUUAUUAAAGCUUUGAAUUUACAGAUCGCAAUCCCCAUGAUAACCCUGUGUGCUCCCACCAUCAUUGGUGUUUUAUUCGGAUCAAUCAUCAUCAACCAUCAAGGUUUCAACAAUGUUGUAUACAUUUGCUCAUCACUUCACGGAGUCUUAUCAACACUUAUCAUGAUUUAUCUACAGAAUCCAUACAGAGCUGUGGUGAUGAGAAUAUUUUGCUCAGGAUGUCAGAGUCUGCAAGGAAGUCAGAAUAUUGUAUCGAGCACGAAGCGGAGGAAGGCGGAAGGCGUUGUUACGUUUUUCUAG